AUGGAAGACUUUGAGUCAAACAUCUAUCCUAGUCUCCCAGAGGAGGACGCGUGUCGUCACAUUAGCGUCAAUAACAUCUACAGUAUCAAAUAUAAACUAAAAAUGCAGUCUGCCGCGUUUAAUCUCCUCCUCCUCCUCAUCUCGUUUACCGCCAUAGCUAUCCCGUCAAUAACCUCCGCCACAACGAUCGGAGUCACCUACUCGAAUCCAGCGUCCACCUACAGCUCCAUUCCGAUAUUGCCGGAAAAAAUCGCUUCGAAGGUCGUUGCGAUGAACUUUCAGGCGGUGAGGCUUCUCGACUCGAAUCCGGAGAUGAUUCGCGCUUUCGCGGACACCAACGUCGCUAUCUUACUCUCAAUUCCGAAUCCGAUGAUUCCUGUCCUCGCUUCAAAUCUUUCGCUCGCGUCGCUUUGGGUGUAUCACAAUGUGUUUGUCUUCUAUCCGCGCACAAAGAUCUCAGUGAUCUCCGUCGGAGACGACGUGAUUUCGUCGUAUUCUUCGCCGGACGAUCCACCUCUGUUUCUCCUCAGGGCGAUGCAGAAUGUUCAAAAAUCUCUGGAGAAUCUGGGAAUCUUCAAGAUAUCGGUAUCUACGACGUUCUCUUUCUCCAGCAUUAUCCCAAACGCUUUCCCUCCGUCAUCGGCGAAGUUCGAACAAGGUAACGGAGAAGCGAUAAUCAGGCCGAUUCUGCGAUUCCUUGAGAGAACCAACUCAUCUUUCAUCAUCAAGAUAGAUCCCUACGAGAUGUACAGAUCCAGAUCCUCGACUACAAUCGGGUUUGCCAUUUUCGAAUCUUCAAGUUUCAAUUUCAGAGAGGAUCUCACCACCGGAGUUAAGUACCAUAAUCUAUUCGACAUGAUGGUCGACGCUGUGAUCAGCUCCAUGGCCGUCAUGGGGCACGAGAAUCUUCCGGUGAUUGUGGCGGAGACUGGUUGGCCUAGCACGGGAGGGAUUGGUGCGACGCCGUAUUACAGUUGGCGAUUUUUGCGGUCUUUGAUUGGCCACCUGAGACGUGGAUCUGGUACACCACUGAGGAAAGGUGGUCCAUUAGAGGUUUACAUAUUUGAGCUUGUUGACAAAUAUGAUCCCGAGCAGCUAGGGACUAGGAGGAACUGGGGACUUCUAGAUCACAGCUUGAAAGACAAAUAUCAGCAUUUGGGACUCAAAGACUCGGAGACUAUCUUCGCAAUCUUAUUAGCUCUCUUGACAGUUGGUUGCCCUCUUGCAUCUCUCAUGAACGCGAGCCACAAGCUUAUUGGCUGGUACAUUAGGAGGAAUGAUCCCCCAAGACCCAUCAGAAGAAACGUCAGAAGAAACUGA